UGCAUUCUCUCACAAGCCAACUGUCACUUAAUCUCUUCCUUUCUUGAGUCUUAAUAAGCUCAAACCUCUCUCAUUUUCAUCUCCACCAUUCCUUAUCUUUACUGGCAGGAUUCUGGAGUUGUAGGAGCCCUAUUUCUUGCAUAUAUAAGCAAUUUUUAUAUUUUUCAAAGGGCUCCUUACAACUCCAAGAAUCUCUUAUUGAAUAAAUUUUUUGCAGAAGAUGGGAGAAAUGUCAAGCUUUCAGUUGGGUGUUAUUGGUGCACUGUUUCUUUCAGUGGCAUCAUCUGUCUCUAUUGUUAUAUGCAAUAAAGCUUUGAUGAGCAAUCUUGGCUUCCCCUUUGCAACAACUCUCACUAGUUGGCACCUCAUGGUAACUUUCUGCACUCUUCACUGUGCACAACGUUUCAACUUAUUUGAGUCCAAAGCCAUUGACAUGAAGACUGUGAUGCUUUUUGGCAUUCUUAAUGGUGUUUCUAUUGGCCUUCUGAAUUUGAGUCUCGGUUUCAAUUCCAUUGGAUUCUACCAGAUGACCAAACUUGCAAUCAUACCAUUCACUGUUCUAUUGGAAACUCUUUUCCUCAAAAAACAAUUCAGCCAGAAAAUUAAAUUAGCUCUAUUCCUCUUGCUCAUCGGAGUUGGCAUUGCUUCAGUGACAGAUCUCCAACUCAAUGUUCUUGGGACAGUUCUCUCUCUGCUAGCCAUUGUAACCACAUGUGUUGGCCAAAUUCUUACAAAUACAAUACAAAAGAGGCUCAAUGUGUCUUCUACACAGUUGCUUUAUCAGUCUGCUCCAUUUCAAGCAGCAAUUCUUUUUGUCUCAGGCCCUUUGGUUGAUCAAUUUUUGACCAAAAAGAAUGUUUUUGCUUACAAAUAUUCUCCUAUUGUCUUGGCUUUUAUCAUCCUCUCAUGCCUUAUAUCAGUGUCUGUAAAUUUUAGCACUUUCAUGGUUAUAGGGAAGACAUCACCAGUUACAUAUCAAGUUCUUGGUCACCUCAAAACUUGCCUUGUUCUUGCUUUUGGGUAUACAUUAUUGCAUGACCCUUUCACAAUGAGAAACAUUAUUGGGAUUCUUGUUGCCAUUUUUGGCAUGGGCUUAUACUCUUAUUUCUGCACCCAAGAGAAUAAGAAAAAACAAUCAACUGACCUUUCUUUGGGGCCUCAGAUGAAGGACAAGGAUAACACACCACUCUUAGCUAUGCAAGACAAAGAAAGCCUCGAGGCAAAGAAAUCAGCAAAGGACUCUCUCGUCUAAGUAAAAUAGGAUUUUUCUUUUUUUUUUUUUUUUAAUUAAAGGGUGGGGUCCAGAUAAGAGGGUGUUGUUUGGUGUAAACAUUUUGUUGAGUGUAAGUGAGGAAAUGAUUUUGAUUCUUUUAAUAAACACUCUUUCUUUAUUUGUUUAAUUCAAGUAAAAAAAAUCUUUAUCAAUGGAA